AUGACGGGGAGCCCUCGGUCCAUGCUGGGACCCUGGCUCUGCGCGGGGCAGGCCCUGCGAGAAUUAGCUGCCCAGCACCCCAGCAUCAAACUGGUCCAGCUAGACGUGGUGAACUUGGCCAGCAUCCGAGGGGCCGUGCGGGCUGUGGGGUCUCAUCUGAAGGACCAAGGCUUGAACCUACUCGUCAACAAUGCGGGUGUCAGCUUGCACACCACGCUGCGCUCCCUGGAUUCGCAGGAGAUGCUCUCCGCCUUCGCCACCAACGUGGUCAGGCCACUCCUGGUUGCCAAGGAGUUCCUGCCGCUGCUGGAGAAGGCGGCGAAGGGCGCGGGGAAGCGGGGGCUGAGCUGCAGCAGGGCCGCGGUCAUCAAUGUCUCCACCAAACUGGGCUCCAUCGGGCUGUGCCUCGGGGUGCCGGAGGCCCCCACGUACCCGUACCGUGCCAGCAAGGCUGCCCAGAACAUGGUGACCCGGUGCCUGGCUGCAGAGCUGCGAGACCAGGGCAUCUUGUGCGCGGCCAUCCAUCCUGGCUGGGUGAAGACCGACAUGGGGACGGAGAAGUCCGCUCAAGCCCAGCUGCUUUCCGUGCCGGUGGUGGCCGUGGCAGUGACUCUGCGCCGCGUCCUCUCCUGCAGGCACCCCUGA